AUGGCAACGGAUCAUCGUGUAAACGAUAGUGAGCAGUCCUUACUUUCGUUGGAACUCGCUGUGGAUAGCAGUAGACUUCUCUUUAAGCCAAGAAGUGACCUCAUGGAGUUCCUCUUGAAUGGAAAUAGCACCAAGAGAAGAUACUCUACGACCGUUGAUGAAAAUAGAAAAAAAAGAAUACGACGUGACGACCUUUUAUUUCAUACUCUUACUAACAUAAGCCUUGAUUCAGAGAAAAUAGCGAAGGCUAAACAGAAUUUUGCUGACCCAUCGCCAGACGACAAGGUCUUGGAAGCUCAGAAAGAGGCCUUUGAACAGGGAAUGGGUAACUUAAAGAUCUCUCAAGCCGAGACUUCUAAAACGGUCAAAACCACUAAGCCAGCUAAGAAGAUCGAUAUUCUAGAGGAAUUGUCUACCAACAGCACCUAUGCUAAACCGCACAAGUCUUUUGUAGUCAUUGGACAUGUGGAUGCUGGGAAGUCUACUUUGAUGGGUAGAAUCCUCUUUGACUAUGGAAUUGUAGAUGCUCGAACUGUGAACCGUUUGGUCAAGGAAGCUGAAAAUGCAGGUAAGGGAUCAUUUGCGCUUGCUUGGAUUAUGGACCAGACAGCUGAAGAACGUUCGCAUGGUGUAACUGUAGACAUUUGCGCAACGGAUUUUGAAACUCCCACUACAAGAUUCACAGCUAUAGAUGCACCUGGCCACAAGGACUUUGUUCCACAAAUGAUUGGAGGAGUUUCCCAGGCUGAUUUGGCACUUCUUGUAGUAGAUUCAAUUACUGGUGAGUUUGAAGCUGGUUUUGCAAUGGAUGGACAAACCAAGGAACACACCAUUUUAGCCAAGAACUUGGGUAUAGAGCGGAUAUGUGUGGCUGUAAAUAAGUUGGAUAAAGAAGAUUGGAAUGAGGAAAGGUUCGAACUGAUCAAGACCCAGUUAACAGAAUAUUUGACUAGUGACGAAGUUCAAUUUGCUGAAGAGCAGAUCGACUUUGUGCCGAUUUCCGGUUUGAGUGGUAACAAUGUGGUCAAGCGUGAUACCUCCAUUGCCGCGUUCAAUUGGUACAAGGGCCCUACCUUGGGCCAUUAUCUUGAAAACGUGAAGUUGUCUUCUACAGUAGACACAGACUCUAUUUCAAAGUUACUCUCUGAAGAUUUCUUUGUUUCUGUCCAUGAUUCUCAUAAGGAUAAGGGUGAAUACAAGAUCAGUGGCAAAAUCAGUAGUGGUGUUAUUCAAGUUGGAGAAACUGUGAUUGCUGCUCCCAGUGAAGAAGUAUUCAAGGUUCAUUCUUUACGUGUAGCCAAGAAGAAGGUAGACUUUGCUAUUCGUGGAGAAUUGGUAGAGAUGUCGUUCAAGGCUAGCCAGGUUUCGAAUGAAAGUGCCGAUAUCUUCAGGAUCGGCGACUUGGUCUCUAAGGUUGGCUCUCCAGCCAAGACAGUCAAGAAGUUUACCGUGUCAUUGCAUUUGUUCAACAUGGACAAGCCAUUGUUGGUCGGUAUGCCCUUCGUUUUGUUUAGGAAUAACUGCCAGGUACCUGCCAGAGUAUCCAAACUUAUUGAAAUCACCAGUGGCAAGAAGAAAAAGAAGUUGCUCCAUCUUGUAUCAAAGCAAACAGCUAUCGUGGAGAUUGAAGUACAAGAGGGAAGCUCGCUUCCUUUGACAAAGUAUUCGGAUAAUAAGAUAUUGGGCAGAAUCGUCAUCAGAAGAGAGGGAGUUACAAUUGGAGCAGGAACAGUAGUGGAUUUCUAA